AUGGGCAGGAUAGCAUACGAGAUUCUUGGAAUGAGAAGAUGCGUCUCGUCCAGAUCCAACUUUGAAAGGGAUCUUCAGAGGCUCUGCACAGUCGAAAAAGUCAUGAUAUCGAUUCUGUAUCUGCUCCCGAUGCUUGCCCCCUCCAUCGCAAGGUCCAUAGAUGCAUCCUACAACUUCAUCUUUCCACUCUCAAUGGGCUCCUCUGCCUUUGCAUUCAUGCCAAUAUCCACCAGAAUCGCCCGCAGAUUCUUUGACCAGGAUAAAGUCAAGAUCGUCACCUUACACAGCCUCCUAACAACUGCUUACAUCCUCGUGGUGUUUGCUUUUUCCCUUCGUGCAUCAGAGGUCUUCUACAGCAUGGAGUUCUGUGAGGCCAGCGGUCCUAGCGGAGAGUGCAUGUACAGAAUGACCAUCCUUGUUUCACAUCUGUUUUACGAGUCGGGAAGGCUAGUUAGUCGAUCGAAAGGACUGUACAGGGCAUUUGCAGUGAUUUCACAGCUCGUUGGAGUCUCCCUGAUGGGAGUGUUAGCUGGAGCAUGCAAGAUGGGCCUUAUAUCCCACUCUCUUUUUCAGCAGCUAUUCUUCUGCUGUGGUGUUUCCUCGAUAGUGGUGCUGCUAGUACUCGACAGUUACCCAAGCAUGAUAACGGUGGAGAAGGACCUGGACACACUUCCACUAGUUGCGGCAGUGGGGAAUCUCCUUGUUGGCAUCCUUGGAAUCGGAAUGAUUCUCCCCAGCUGCAGUCUCGAGCAAUAA